AUGCUAGCGGACACGAGCAUCUAUCCGUCAUCACGAACGUUCAACUCUUCAUCCCGUCUAUCCCACUACACGGAUGCUGCGACCCGCCGAUCAUCGUUCCAGAGCGCACAGGCGAGCAUCUACCAAGACACCGACACCUCGCUCGCCUACGACGAUGCUAGCGAGGGCUUCGACCAUCUCGACCUCGACAGCGAUCUCGAGGUGCGUAGUCAGCGCGCGCCUUCUCGCAGCAAUACUCGCUCUCCCUUUCAGUCCAAUAUCGGAAAUCUAUCUCACAGCGCGGAUGGUGAUGCGGUGGAGACGACGAUCGAUGGUUUCUCUGCUUCUUCCGGCAACCUGGGGGGAAUGGCACGUCGCCGUUCCUCCUACAGACGGCAAUCGUCCGAGAUCCCCCGUCCGCAAUCCAGCCUUUCCCGCCGAAGCAGUACCAGCGGCACCGUCAACGAAGAUCCGCAAAUCCGUCUCCGCGACGCUGCCACCGCGGCGGCCAUGCGCUCCUCCAUGACCCGUCGUCACUCGGUCGAGCUUGACCAGCUGGCCAACAGCAUCACUCGAGCUUCCACUCCGCACGGCUUCCGCUCCGAGGACGACGAAGACGACGCUGCUGCCAUCUCGUCACAGCCGAGAUCGCGUCCGGGAAGCUCGCUUGCUCUGCGAAAGUACGAACAGGACAGCGAGUCGUUCAUCAAGCGAGACGGUACCAAGGAGAGGGGUGGAUCCAUCUUGCCUCCGGCUGGGUUUUUUGCGCCGAAGAGGCCAGCGGCGAGGAACUCGAACAGCAAUCUCCUCGCGACGGUCGCGUCUCCGCAGUCGGGGAGGAGUACGACGCCGCUUUCGUUUUAUUCGGUUGGCGCGGCUGGCGGUGAAACGCAGAGAGGGGAUGCGGAGGAAGAGGUGUUGCAGAGGAGCACCUCGCCGACGGGGUUGGAAGGACAGGGUGCGGCUGGGCAGGCGAGAGCGCCCAGUCCGUGGGGCGUCAACUCGAUCGCUUCGUCGAGUCAGCAACAUCUGAACACGUAUCCAGCCAAUGGGACUGGUCGGAGGUACAGUCACACGGGAGAUGGUACGGGCCCAUCGCAUCCACUGGAUCCGAGCGAUGGCUUCCCCACACCUUCGAUUCAAGCUUCGCCGAACUCGGUUCUGCGGAUGAUGGCGAGCACGGAUCCGCUGUUGCCUGCGCGAGCUGUUCCAGGUGCUGCCGUCGCCAGUGCUGCCAUCAACGGUAGUCACGCUCCUUCUUCGCAAGACGUUGGACUGGGUCUCGAUACCAAGAAAGCUAGUCCUACCGUCACAGAACAGCGCGCUUCCCCGCCAGCUAUCAAACCUCCCUCCUCCAAACAGAACGGAAGAGCGCCACUGAACGCCUCUCCUCCAACAUCGAAAUCGCCUCGCAACUACAAACACCAGAAAGGCUCCAACCACUUUCCUCUCUGCGGCCUUCUCAUCACAUCGUCGGACAACCCGCUGCCCUUCCUCCUCUCCUUGGUCCUGCUGCUUGCCCUCGGCGCCCUCUUCUACGCCUUCGAGGCCCCCUACCUCACCACCAACGUCUCUCCCGCCAUCACCGCCGUCUUCACGUACAUCUUCCUCCAAGCCAUCGUCAACAUGCUCGUCACUGCUUUCCGCGAUCCAGGCAUCCUGCCACGCGAUCUCGAUCCCAAUCCACCCUGCGUUCUCGCCGAAACGCCGUUCACUCCCGGGCGACACGCGCUGGCGGACCCGGAAGAUCCGAUGGCGAUCCCCGUGCAGCGGGUGUUACGGAUCCGGGGGAGAGUGGUUCAGGUGAAAUGGUGCGAGACGUGUGGGACGUAUCGACCUCCCAGGAGCAGCCACUGUCGGGUGUGCGAUAACUGCGUCGAGAACAUCGACCAUCACUGCACCUACCUCAAUACGUGCAUUGGCAGGAGAAACUACGUUUCGUUCAUGGUGUUUUUGACGGCGAGCAUCGCAUCGGCGUUGUACGUUGUCGGGUGUAGUGCUGCGAGGUUGGUUCUCAUGACGCGAGGACGAGGGGUGGCGGGGAAGAUGAGUUUCAGGGAUGCGUUGGGAGAGAGCCCCGUGUCCGGGGUGCUGUUCUUGCUAUGUCUGGGAGUUACUGCGCCAUUGGGGGUGUUGUUGAGCUACCAUGUUAGGUUGGUCCUGCUGAACAGGAGUACGGUGGAGCAGAUCCGGAUCAAUACGAGUCGCAAGUAUGGUGGGGGAAGGGAGGAGGAGGUGGUGGGGUUGGGUGAGCAUGGGGAUGACGAAUCGAUCUUGGGCGAGGGUAAGAGAAAGAGUGGCGAGUUGGUGAGAAGAGUGGCGGAGAGGUUCGGAGUGUUGAAACCGCGCAAGGGAGAUCCGAAUCCGUUUGCGGUGAAGAGCUGGAGGUCGAAUGUGAGGAAUGCACUGGGUUGGAGGAGUGUCGAGUUGGAAAGCUGGAUCGAUAGGAGGGGUAGGAGGAAGAAGGAUGAGAGGAAGCCGAAUCCGAAGAAAGGUUCUGGGGUGGAUGGGGUUGGAGAGGCGGGAACUGGGCUCCAGUGGAAAGCUUAA